AUGACUUGUCUUUUUUCAGAUACUCUACUUUUUAUAUAUGGCGGAUUCAAUAAAAACUGAUAUGGAAUAAAAGAAGCAAUGAUUGUUGAUUUAGUUUCAAUGGAAGUAAAACUUAAAAAAUCAGGAAGAAAACGUAGUGGAGCAGGUCUGGCUCUAGUCGGAUGGCAAAUUUAUAUAUUUGGGGGGUCUAAAACUGCGUAUAAAAUAUUGAAAGAAUACGACAAAUAUGAUAUACGGACUAAUAAAUGAAUAGGCAUAGCACCGCUACCUUUCGAUUCUGGGUCUGUUGCUGCAGAGGUUUAUGGUAACGAUAUUCUUGCUGCAGGAACUCAUCUGCCUGGCUUAUAUUACUAUUCAGUUAGGAAAAAUACUUUUUCAAAAAUAUUUGAUCUUCCUAGUUUACAAAAAAAAAAUAAUUGUACAUUAGGGAAAAGCAUGAAUAUAUUGUAG